CUCAGGAGACACACACACACAUACACACACACUCACUAUGCCGGAGUGUUUGAAGCCGCGAUGGGAGUUAACACAUCCAAGUUUGUAGAGUUCCUGUUUCCAGUGUCGUUGCACUAAACAAAGACUCUGGCUCUCUUCUGGUUUUUUCUCCAUCCGAGGGGCUUGUCUGCAUUUUUGUCCGAGGCGUCUCUCUCACAGGAUGUUGAUGAUAUUGGAAAGCCGGGGUGAGAUCCUAAAGUCACUUCUCCUCUGACGAGAACCACCUCCUCUUCUCCACCACACAAAGGGAAACACGGAGCAAGUACUUUCCCCAACGCGCCAUCAUUUUCUUUUUUAUAUUACUGUUGUUGUUAGUGUUAUUUUGAAUGUCAUUCAGAAGCAGAGGGGGCUGUUUCAAAGACACGAUGGAUCACUUUGCUGCAGAGUGCCUUGUUUCCAUGUCCAGCCGUGCAAUCGUUCACGCUCCUAAAGGGAAUAGGGAGAUGAAACCAGAGAGCCCGUCCUCCUCCUCCAGGAGCGGGGAGGAGAUGAAGGAGCCCCUGGUGAGAGACAACUCCUCUCUGUUCGUGGUGGCGCGGAUCCUGGCGGAUUUUAACCAGCAGCAGACUCCCGGCAAUGUUGCCGAGCAGGCAAAAAUAAAGGAUGAGAGCAUGCCGAAGCUGCUAGAUGAGGAUGAUGAUGAUGAUGGUGGUGGUGCCGAUGAUGGAAACUCUGCCACACCUACCACCAUCUCCGAUCCUUCGCUCAAACAAAGAGGCAAGAGAUCGAGAGGUCGAGCAGAGCAGGAGUCCCCCCAGAAAAAGCACAAAUGCUCCUAUUCAGGUUGUGAAAAAGUUUAUGGCAAAUCCUCCCACCUCAAAGCUCAUCUAAGGACACACACAGGAGAACGACCUUUCCCUUGUACCUGGCCAGACUGCAGUAAGAAGUUUGCUCGCUCCGACGAGCUGGCCCGUCAUUACCGCACCCACACGGGGGAGAAAAAGUUUGGGUGCCCACUCUGUGACAAGCGCUUCAUGCGCAGCGACCACCUGAUGAAGCACGCCCGGCGCCACUCAGAGUUCCAACCCGGCAUGCUGAAGAGGCCCCAUGGCGGCAGCGGCGGCAGCAGCAGCAUGCGCCCCAGCUCCCUCAGCGACUACAGCCGCUCAGAUGCCUCCAGCCCCACCCUCAGCCCCACCCUCAGCCCAGCCAACUCGCCUUAAACUGAAAACCAGUCGCACUUUCCGCCUCUAACCUGCGAGGCCUGUGUUUUCAUCAUAACACUUGUGUUGCACAGUUGUCAGCAACCCCCCCCCCCCUCCUUUGCUAUUCCUGCGCUUGCUGUGGUGUACCAUACUGUACAUAACUGCUUAUUGUAGUGCAAUUACUUGUGUGAUCCUAAAAGAAGGUAAAGCCUUUCCCAGAUGGCAAUAUUUACAUUCUGUACCAUAUGUCUGUAUUUUUUUAGCUUCUAAUGACGGCUAGUUGUCCAAUAUACGUUCGCAGUCGGCUAAACAAAAACACAGACGCCCUGACAAGUCUUAUCAUGUUUGAUUUGUUUUGUUUUUUAAACCGGUGAGGAGAAGGGGUUUACACACACCUCAGGAUCGAAGACAGUUACUUUUUCUGGAAUACCACAGUACUGAACAGUACUCACAUUGACUGCACAAUAUACUCAUCACUUUACUCUGAAAUUCAACAGGGGUUGGAUUUUACGCCCUGCUCAGGGAUGGCCUUGUUAGCUUGAAAGAAUGAACACAGUAAAGAGAAUCCUACAGUACAUAUAUUGCAGCCUUACACUCAACACAAUUUGCACUCUAUGGUUUUAUUUUACUUUUUUACUUUUUAUCUGUUUUCACAUCCAAGGAAACUAGCCCUAUGGUCAUACGGUCAAUCAUACACAAAGCUCAUGCUCUGGACUCACGUGUGUUCUGGGGAUUCAUAUGUGAUGUAAAUGCCGUGUAUCAAGAAAUCAAUAUCUCCAUACCCUCACCUCAGUAAACACAUCUGUCCACAGUCAGUUGCCGUGACACUGGGUUAAACAUGUUUUUAGUGUGCACUGUACCAGCGUGUACUGUGUAAAUCUGCAGAGUGGGAGGACUGGGAUUAGAGUGAGUGAACAAUUUUUAUACAUGCACUCAGUUGAAGAAACCUUUAAAUAGACACAGUUAAGUUUCAAAGCAGCUGUUCAUAUACGUCUUUUUCAAGCAAAAGUGCUGUAUCAUCAGCCAGUAUUUCACACAAAAUGGUCACAGAGUGAUUGUGGUUGAAACAAUAUUUAUCCCUCUCUCAAGCACAUAGGAAAAAGUACCAAAGACAAGAGUGAAAGAAAGCUUUCUACUCGGUCUUGUGAGCCGCCCUUCAUCGAGGCUUGGGGCUGGUGGUUGGCAGUAUCACAGGUAGAACCAGACAGCCUGCUCGCUUCCCUCCUCCUGGCUCUGACUUUUUUGCGGCCUCCCCGAAGAAAAGAGCUGCAUCCCACAAGAAGCUAUUCACAACCCGCAGGAGGAGUGUGAUCAUGCCAUUAUUCAGGGAGUCCCUCCUUCACUCAUCUGGCUCUACCUGUCCUGUCAGGGAGCGGAGAGGCUGCACGCCUGCCAAAUUGCAUAAGUGCGCCUAAGUAGGAGGUCAAAUGUAGGCCGGAGUAGUUGGGCCGAGCCGGGCCUGGCUGCAACACAGUGGAGCUUAGAAGAAACAAAGCAGCUAUCUGCAGUAGCCAGACAAGAGAGGGCAGGUCCUGAAAAUAGAGGAGAGGUUUAUCAUGAGCUGAGCAGCACUGAGGAGGAGACACCCAGUUGCAGACAACCCCAUCUCCUCCUCCUGCGACUCCCUUCCUCCUCCAACUGUAGGAGAUGUGAGUGGAAAAAUGGCUGUAAUUAGUGGUUUGAUCCGACCUGUGAGAUAAGAGUAGAAAGAGAAGAAUAUGAACAACGGGGCUACCGAAACAAUGCCGACAGUGUGGGUAGGAUGUACCCAACUCCAUCCUAAGCACAGGUAGAAAUCCUCCGGUGCUCCUGAGGAGUCACAUUUCACGAUGCCAAGAAAACGAUGCGACAAAUUCCCAACAGUUAAACCGAAGCCGUCAAACAGCUGCUUUCAAACUUCUCUCUUUAGCAACAAGGGGGCUUUUAAACUGUUGAAAAAACAUCUGAACCAAAAUGAACAUAUCAGCAAAGUGCAGCGUUCGCCAGUCUCACGUUGUCCUGCCUGUGAAGCUCAGAUGUGUCCGUGAGAAAGCUCACUUGUGUUUUCUAGACGGACAUGCCUCAAUAAGUCGGGCAAAAGGCACAGUAAACCUUCCAUGCAAACAGGCACCACUAUCAAAACGGCUGCAGCCCAGCCAGUCUGUGUUAUGCCUACAUUUUCUUUUAAUGCUUCAGCACUAUGGUCGUUCGCUUCAUCUUCCCAUCUCAGCCCCUCACCCCUGUGGUCCGCUGUGUGCAUGUUAACAACUUAACCCUGAAAGCGUGGAGGGUCUUUCUUGAGGCGGUGUGGCAGGUGUAAGCUAAUGAAUGGCAGGCCUUGUCCCUCACUCGCCAUAGCGGCCAUCUCUCUUUAGAGUCGUAAAGAAUCCGCUCUGUCACAUCCUCCAGAAGGAAAAACCAACCCUUAUUUUGACCGAAUGCAGUAGUUUACUCAAACACACCACAUGUUAGAGAAAGAAAACUCUGUGAGAUGUUAAACAAGGUUCCAGGCGGCAGGAUGACACUUUGAAUGCCACUAAUCAGUCGCUUCCUGUGAGGGAAGCACCGAGAGGGUUUUUACUUUUCACCAUUUCUGAAAACAAAACAAAAAUGACCUCGGAUUUUAACAAACACUUCCUUCUAAUUGCUGUUGAGCAGCUUUUGGUGGUGUCUACCCAUGGCUUUUGUUUUAUUACUGUCAAUUUUUGACUUGAUUUGUAGUAUAACAUUGUCUUUGCGAAAAAAAAUAACAAACAAACAAACGUCUGAGUGGCUCACCCUUAAGCAGGUUUCAUGAAUCACUUCUUAAUCCAUACUCCGCACAUUUACCUCAGGGUCGACAUCCGCAGAGCAGACCGGGACAGUUUGCAGAUUUUGUCGUAACAUCCUUGGCUGCACAGAAAUGUCUCCGCCGGCCUUCCGCAGUGUUCCUGGGGUUCCCAGUGCUCACUGCUGGUCAGUGUCCGACCACACUGGAAUCACAGGAACGCCGCUUUACGGGCCCAGCUCCUGCCUGAUAUGUCUGCAUAACAUUCAACAGUCCUGCUAUAUGUCUCUUUAAGCACCGGGCAACGAUGAUGAACUGCUCCUUUAAAGACCUUUGACCAUUAGCGCCGGUGGACGUUCUGUACAGUAUGCAGCCCGAAGCUCAUACCAUGAGAAAAUAAACUGACUGCGACAGUGUAGACAUCCAUCCAUCCAUCCACCAAUCCAUCCAUCCAUCCAUACUGCACCAGUGACAUACAGGCCUCCACAGGCAGGGUGUCUCAUUGCUUUUAUUCUCACUGUACCAAAUCUACUUGAAUAACACAACACAAAAGGCCAUUGAACACAGUUUUGUACAUGUCCGUUUUUACUGUACUCGCAUAUGUUGUCAAAUAAUUCAUAACCUCUCUGCAGAAAGGUUUAUAGAGUAGUAUGUUCCUUUUUUGAUGAUUUUCUUUUGUGAUGAUUUUCCAUUGUCUUCAGGUCAUUUCAGCGAUUCCUCUAACUUUAUCACAGCAUUAAGGUGGACUGUUUUGUCGGGCUGUAACGGCAGGAUAUUUUUUUGAAUACAGAAACACAACUUAAACCCCAUUUAACUGGGGUUCACCCCUUUAACCAGAUACACUUACUACUCUGUUGAUGUCAGGAUGCAGGUCGUUCCAGGGAGCCUGUUAUCCAAAGUUCCUCCAUGUUGGAAACUGAGAGGGUCGUUGGGGGGAGUGAUUGGGGUCACAAUGAGAAACGGAAACUUCCUGACCUCUAUGUACGUUGAUUUCCGCUGUGGUGACUUUUUCCUUGAUUACUUAGAUUCUUUUUUAGGUUUUCCAUAAGAAUAGAGAGACCACAGCAUUGUGAGUUAGCAAUGUAGUCACGAUUGUGUAUUAUUAUUAUUAUAAUUUUUUGUCUCAUGUAAGAAGUUUUAAGCUUGUAUGUUUUUCAAAAAUCAUACCUCUCGAAAUAUGUACCUUCAUAUCUUUUCAAAGCAUCCAUCAUGUAGCUUAUAUUUGCUUGAUGAGCAGCACAAUUGACUGGUGGUUUUAUUUGUCCCUACUUGAAUAAGAAAGGAAAGAGAGACUUCUUUUGUAAACAAAAAAACAAACAACAACAAAAAACACUGGGCUACAUUUUAUAUAAUCAUCCCAUGUUGUCAGGGUCCUGCACAUCCUUGUAGAUUCAAUAAGAAAUCUUCCUUGGAAAAAGUAUAACUAUGGUUUUUUAAUAUUUUUUUUUAACAGAAAUAUUUACACCAUCCCUUCCCUACUGAGCUCCACAACUAUGUCUCGGUCUGAAUAUUUACUGUGACUGGGAUGAUGUCAACUGUAUUGGUAUGAAACUCAAUUUCAGCAUUUGUUUUAAUCCAUCUUUAUGAUUGUAAUUGUAAUCCCAGUAAGACUACAGAUUUCAACAUCUGUCAAAAACAAUUUUAAACGCUGACAAAGUGGAAAUGUGAGGUUUCUACAAAAUGUUAACGCCGUUUUCUUCUAAAUGUAAAAAUAAAAUACAUUAAAAGAGAA